AUGGAGCACAAGGGAACGCUUUCCAGCAAUCAACCUGAAUAUCGUACGAUAAUAUCUCCCUUGGUUUGGAAGACUUGGGAUCUAGGGUGGCGAUUCCUGCUCAUCGGUCCCCGAAACAUUUCAGGACACAUCAAAACUUUCUUUUCCUGUGGGAAUAUAACGAAUCCUGACGGUCUAUUCUCGAUUUUACGCUCUGAGAAACUCGCUUUCUCACAGCAUCUACGAUAUUGCAAGACACUCAGUGGUAACCGAUUUCAGGUCAUUUGCAUAUACGAACAACCACACAAUCCACACAAUCCAUGUUGA